UUCAUAAUUCUCUAUUUAUGACCACAAGAUCUUCAAUUAACUUAUAGUAUCAUAGAUUUGGUAAUAUAAAAAUAAUAUAUGUUUCACCACCCCUACUGACGCUCACUAACUCUGUUCUCGUCCAUCUUCCAUCACCACGCACACACACGCUAAUUUUUGCAUGCACAUGAUCAAAUACCCACAAAUCUUUUAAUGAGCUAAUUUUAGAGCAAGAUAGUUAAAAAAAGAAACAUUUUAUGAUAAAAGUUGAUAGUUAGAGUUUAAUUUGGUAUAUAUAGUUAUCUGAUAGGUUUCGAAUUCAUUAUUGUUCAAUCAAUUGAGUUUCUUAAGUUGUUUGAAAAGCUUCAGUGGUCUCAUUCGGAUUGUACUGAUUAACUUAUUCAUCUACGUUCCAUCUAUUCCUUAAAUCCCAACUAGCAUCCCUUUCCUUCCUUUACUCCAAAUCAUACAUCUUAUCAUAUAUACAUAUUAAUAUGAGUGGCAGAUCAACAGUUCCAAAUCUUUUCGAAGAACCAAGCAAACCAAGGUCACCAUCGGUUAGUUCACAAUCAUCUUUAACCAUUUAUCCCAAGACAUCAGUAAUUAUCAAUAAUUUACAAAGAAAUGAUUUUAUUGUUGAUGAAAAAUCAACCACUUAUUAUGAAAAGAAUAGUAGAACUUUACCCCUUGUUGAUCAAAUUAAAUUAUCAAUUUUGAAUUUAGAAGAUGAAGAUCAUGAAGAAAAUGAUUAUUGUAUAAAUCAUAUUGAAUAUUGGUCAAAUUUACCAUUUUUAAAUCGAACCAUCAUCCUUUUAAAAGAUGAAGUAUCAGCUUUAAAAGUCUAUAGUCACCUUUCUUCAACUCUUGCAGACAAAUUCCCUUAUAUAAAAGUAUCAUUACAAGAGAAUUUAUUAUCAAAAUCAAAAUCAUUCGAUUCAUUAAUUAAUCCAACUCAUGAUAAGAAUUUAAAUAGUAUUGAAGAAUUACGUAAGUUUAGAUCAUUUCAUAAUAGUCCCCAAGAUCAAAUGAAUGAUUAUGAAGAACCAAAACCUUAUGAUUUCAAAGUUGUACAGGAUCUUUCCAAAUUAGGUAUUGAUGUAAGUCAAUAUAAUAAUGAAGAACAAUUCAAGGAGUUAAGUGAUUCAGAAAGUCCAACUCCUUCAAGAGCCCCAUUAGAAAGACAUCGUUCUUUGACUAAGACCUUGUUUAGACCAACUCCAAUUAAAACAAGUAACUUGAAUAACGAUAAUAAUGAUGAUGAUGAUAAUGAAAAUAAAAAUGAAGCUACAGCUGAUAAAAUAAGUAGAGGAGGUGCCAUGAGUCCAACUAUAACGUUAGAUGCACCACCACCAUCUUAGAUAUGUUUCUGAUAUAGUAUACUCUUAUUUAAUAUUCCGUUAUAUAUAUAACUUAUUAUGAAGAAAUAAAGGUAUUGUAGGUAAUUGUAGGUGUUUGCAACUGAUUGCAAGUUAAACUGAAAACAUCCAUACCUCUUUUGGCCAUUUUCGCACGACCCCUUGACCACU